AUUUCCAGCACUUCCGCCUGGACGUGUUUUUGGUCUCGGUGUGAGAGUGGGUUUCCCUCUGCCCCCGAGAUCGGAUCCUGGGCGAGUUUCCUGCAGUCUGAGAGCGAUGUCUUAACUCAGGAUGAUCUCACAGAGGGAACGAGGAGAACUGGCUCGAUUUUACACCGUGACCGAGCCGAAAAAACACAAAAAGGGAUACACGGUUUAUAAAGUCACAGCCAGGAUCAUCUCCAGGAAGAAUCCCGAAGACGUCCAGGAGAUCACGGUGUGGAAGCGCUACAGCGACUUUAAGAAGCUCCAUAAAGACCUGUGGCAGAUCCACAAGAACCUCUACAGACAGUCGGAGCUUUUUCCUCCGUUCGCCAAAGCCAAAGUCUUCGGCAGGUUUGAUGAUUCUGUGAUCGAGGAACGGAGGCAGUGUUCAGAAGACCUGCUUCAGUUCAGCGCUAAUAUUCCAGCUCUUUAUGCUAGCCAGUACAUACAGGAUUUCUUUAAGGACGGAGAAGUGCAGGACGGUUCCGAGCUCAUCGGUCCGGCAGAACCCUUUUCCGACUUCCUAGCCGACAGCCAAUCAGACAGCAGCUCUGAAGUGCAUAGGAGCGUUGGCGGCGUGGAUGAUUCGACCCUGACCAGUCAAUCAGAGUAUGGAGGUCCAUCCAGUGACAGUGAUCUGAUUUCCCUGCUGGUGGAUGGAGACUCCCUGCCCGACUUGGACGAUGGAAUGGGCUCCGGUUGCAGUUCCCCAAACCUGCCUGCCGGAGGUAGCGGACGUUCGGCGUCCCCAAAGCGGACAGAGGUAGACCCAAGGCGGGCCAUCAGGGCGGCGCUUUUCUCCAGCCAGCAGAAGAAGGAUUACUUGGAGAAAGCCAGCGAGCAGAUCAGCCUUGCUUUGCAGAAAGAGGUGGAGCAGGACUACGCCUCUGCUUUCUUCUACUACCGCAGUGGAGUGGAUUUACUGCUGCAGGGAGUCCAAGGUGAAGUGAGUCCGCGCAAGAGGGAAGCCGUGAAAAGGAAGACGGCCGAGUAUCUGAUGCGCGCUGAGCUAAUCGCUAGCACCUACCUGAAAGACAACAUGGGCCAGAACUCCACUCAGAACCGGGCGCUGGCUGCUCAGUGUUGUAAGGGGUCAUGGGGUCAGCAGAGUCAGGCUGAUGAACUACACAACUACAGAGUCCUGGGGGUGAUCGAUAAGGUGCUUCUGGUCAUGGACAAGAGGACGCAGGAAAUGUUCGUCCUCAAGGGCUUGAGGAAGAGCAGCGAGUGCGGACGAGUGAAGAAGACUAUCGUCCCCCGCACGGUCCCCAACAUGGUACGGCUCAGGAAGUUCAUCGUCUCCGAGGACUCCGUGUUCCUGUUGCUGCAGUACGCCGAGGGAGGUAAAUUAUGGUCCCACAUUACCAAGUACCUCCAUGAAGGUAGUCAAGAAGACAGCUUUGACAUCCCCUUCAUCCAGAAGUCCCACACGACGACAGUUCACUGCACCGAUGCCCUGAUCAGCUCAGAGAGCAGCGGCUCACGGCCCAGCGUGGAGUUACAAGAGGACCAGGAGGAAGACGAGUCCCUGCCGAUUAAGACUGUCCAGAAAGCAAACAGCUCACAAGUCCCCCUGUCCGGCUCUUCAGGGGAAGAGGAGUGCACCAGUAGCUACUUGACUCUGUGCCAUGAGUAUGAGCAGAAUAAGGUGGAGUCUGAGGCUCUGGGAGAGGAAGAGGAAGAUGCAAAAGAGGCAGAGGAAAAUGUCGGAGGCGACAGUUCUGGUGCAGAGGCGUUACUGAGGUCAUACCGAGGCUCGGUUUUCAGCAGCGAUAGUCUGUGUUCUCCAGUUGGUGUGCACGAGCUGCGCUUCUUCACUGAAGAAGAUGAGGAGCUUAUCGACCCCCCUGCUCUUGAUUCUCUGGACAAUUUAAAACGUUCUCCCAUGGAGUUGUUUCGGAUCGACAGCAAAGACAGUGCUGACGCCUCGCGAACAUUGUUCUCCACCUCAGACCUGGGCUCGGAGGUAACAGAGGUCACUGAGGAUCCUUUGGAGAUCGGCGAGGUAGUGGAGGUUAAAGGUCACCUGAGUGAUAUGUGGCGUUUCGAUAGCGAUCAGGGUUCUAAUGAAUCCGUGCCUGUGAUUUCGUUUAAAGAUGCCACGGCGGAGGACACGAACACAUCCCUUCUGGACGAAGGACAACCUCCAGACCUUUUAGUCAACCUUCCAGGGAUCACCGGGGGCACGGGGAAUGAUCUGGAGGAGGAGUUUGCAGCCGCAGGUGUGGCUUUUGCUCUUGAAGCCAAGCCCUCGCCUCAGUUUGGCAAACCGGAUGUCCUCCAGCUGGGCGAGGAAGCAGGCCUGGAACUAUCCGUCAAGGAACAUGUUCCGGUUUUACGCAGCCAGUCGACCCCGGAGGCGUCUGAACAGAAAGGCUAUGAUCCUCCUCUAAACCGCAACAUGGAAUCCCAAACACAGUCCCUUCCCUUUGAUUCCCUUAUUUUCAGGACUGAAAUCGAACCCUCCCACCCUCCAUCCUCUGCAGAGUCAGACGCUACUCAGAAGAAGAAAGGUCGGAGUGUGUCUGAGAUAUUCCGGGAGCUGGACGAGUUGGCCGAGGUGGCUUUGCACACACAUCUACCCGAGGCACUGGUGAGGAGCUGGGCGGUGGACAUGCUGCUUGCUCUCGACGCGCUGCAUCAAGAGGGAAUCAUCUGCAGAGACCUUAAUCCCAACAACAUACUGCUGGAUUACAAAGGUCAUGUCGAGCUGACUUAUUUCUGUAGCUGGAGCGAAGUGGAGGAAUCCUGCGACCCGGCCGCCAUCACCAAGAUGUACUGUGCGCCAGAAGUGGGCGGGAUCUCAGAGGAGACGGCGGCGUGCGAUUGGUGGAGUCUGGGAGCGAUUCUCUUUGAACUUCUGACCGGAAAGUCUCUCCACCAGUGUCACCCCGCUGGUAUCAGCAGACACACGGCGCUGAACAUUCCAGACUCUGUGUCAGAGGAGUCCAGGUCUCUGCUGGAACAGUUGCUGCAAUAUAACCCAGUGGAGAGACUGGGCGCAGGUGUCGGAGGAGUGGAGGAGAUCAAAUCGCAUCCAUUCUUCGCUCAUGUGAACUGGCCAAACUGAGGUCCCCGUAACGACUGACUGACCUGAAAGCUGAAACACACUCCAUCUCUUCCUGUGUGUGUGUGUGUGUGUGUGUGUGUGUGUGUGUGUGUG